CCACUGUAUGUAUGACUGUGUUCUAUACCGCUCGUACAGUAGAGGGCGGUAAGCACAUAGCAUUUGGUCUGCUCCCAGUAAGUGAAGUGGUAGAAGAAGACUACUGAAGGCAUGGGGUCUGUAACCGAUGAUGAAGUCAUUCGAAAGCGUCUUCUUAUCGACGGCGACGGAGCUGGGGAUGAUCGGAGAAUCAAUUUGUUGUUAAAAACCUUCACCAAGUGGUGCAACUCGCCUGGGACACCGGAUGAAAGCAGCUUCACACAGUACCAGAGGAUGCUGGGUACAUUGGCCCAAUGCGAAUUCUCCUUGGGAAAGACCCUGAUGGUCUAUGAUAUGAAUCUGAGAGAAAUGGAGAAUUAUGGGAAAAUCUACUCAAAUAUAGAACAAAAUAUAACUUCAGCACACGAGAAGAUAGCGGAAUGCAAAAAGGAAAUCCAGAGAGCAAAGCGAGUAAGAAAGAACCGCCAGGAAUAUGAUGCUCUAGCAAAGGUUAUUCAGCAACACCCUAAUCGUCACGAAACACUCAAACAAUUGGAGGCACUUGACAAAGAACUCCAGCAAUUGUGUAACAUCAAGGAGAAUGUGGAUGCAAAGUUGGAACUACGGAAGAAACAGUUCCAUGUACUACUCAGUACCAUACAGGAACUCCAGCAGACCCUUGAAAGUCACCCCCCCUACUCCCCCGGAACGUGGGUGAAGUUCUGCCGGAGGUGGCAGUUGAAACUCCUUCUGACAGGGGAUUCUCCCAGACGUUCCCAGCAGACCCUCACAAUACGUUUGGGCCUGCCAGGUCGGACCGGCAUCUUCCCCCACCAUCGGCGCCAACUCACCACCAGGUGGUGAUCAGUUGACAGCUCCGCCGCUCUCUUCACCCGAGUGUCCAAGACAUGCGGCCGCAAGUCCGAUGACACGACCACAAAAUAGAUCAUCGAACUGCGACCUAGGGUGUCCUGGUGCCAAGUAGACAUAUGGAUACCCUUAUGCUUGAACAUGGUGUUUCCUCAUGGACAAUCCUUGAUGAGCAUAGAAGUCCAAUAACAGAAGACCACUCGGGUUCUGAUCGGGGGGCCGCUCCUCCCGAUCACGCCUUUCAAGGUCUCACUGUCAUUGCCUACAUGAGCAUUGAAGUCCCCCAGCAGAAUGAUGGUGAGUCCCCAGCGGGAGCGCUCUCCAGCACCUCCUACAAGGACUCCAAAAAGGGUGGGUACGCUGAACUGUUGUUAUACAAUGAGUAUACCCACACCUGCUUGGCGCCUCUCACCGUGGGCAACUCUUGAGUGGAAGAGAGUCCAACCCCUCUCAAGAGGACUGGUACCAGAGCCCAAGCCGUGUGUGGAGGCGAGCCCGACUAUAUCUAUUCAGAACUUCUCGACCUCUCACACCAGCGUGAGCUCCUUCCCUGCCAGAGAGGUGAUAUUCCACGUCCCUAGAGGCAGCUUCUCUAGCCGGCAAUCGGAUCACCAAGGUCUCCGCCUCCGGUCACCACCCAGCUCACAUUGCACCUGACCCCUAUAGCCCCUCCCACAGGUGGUGAGCCCAAGGGAAGGGGGACCCACGUUACCCCUUAGGGCUGUGCCCAGCUGGGCACCCAUGGGUGCAGGCCCGGCCACCAGGCACUCACCUUCGAGUCUCACUUCCAGCCCUGGCUCCAGAGGGGGGCCCCAGUGACCUGUGUCCGUGCAAGGCAAAAUGUUUUCCUGUAUUUUCAAUCUUCAUAGGGUUCUUUGGAGCUUUGCUAUGUCUGGUCCCUCACCUAGGACCUUUUUGCCAUGGGUGACCUUGCCACGGGCUGAAAGCCCCAGACAACUUAGCAACUGGGAUC